GCGAAAUUCAACGUGUGGUCAAGGUUGCCGUGUUAUCGUCUGCUAGCAUGAACGGCACAAGCCUGUGCAAGGUAUCUGCUCCAGGAAAAACUAUCCUACACGGCGAGCAUGCUGUUGUCUACGGCAAGGCUGCAGUGGCGGCCAGCAUUGACCUGAGGACGUACGUCACAGCGAGUCCGGAAGAGUCCUGUGUGGUGCUCGAGCUCCUUGACUUGAAGUAUGUCGAGUCCUGGUCCACCGAACAAUUCACCCAACUUUCUGUGUCCGAGGAAGAUUGCAGGGACAAUGUUGUCCGCUCGGAGGCACUGGUGCCAAAGCUCGCUGACCUCUUCAAACUCAAAACGGGCUCGAAAGUGCCGACGGACCAAGCCAAGCUCGCCUUCCUCUUCCUCUACGUCGGCACCUCCUUGGCACACGGACGAGGGCGAUUCCUGCCCAUCAGGCUAUCAGUGACCUCCGAGCUUCCCGUGGGGGCGGGGCUGGGCUCCUCCGCGUCCUACGCGACGGCCGUUGCGGCGGCACUGCUGGCACAGCGAGGGGCAGUGCACCGACCCCUGUCCAGUUCGGACCGGGACCGCGUCUGCUCCUGGGCCUUCCAGGCCGAAUGCAUCCUGCACGGGCGGCCCUCGGGCAUCGAUAACGCCGUCUGCACCUACGGCGGAGCAGUCCUCUUCAAGGGGGGAAGAGUGGUGGAGACAUUGAAAAGCAUCCCAAGCUACAAAGUGGUGCUGAUCAACACGGAAGUGGCCAGGAAUACCAAGACCUUGGUGGCAUCUGUCAGGACUAGGCAUGAUCAGUACCCGGAUGUUGUGAAGCCUGUCCUGGAGUCCAUUGAGGCCAUUUCUGAGACUUGCUGGAAACUCCUCAAGCACCCGGAAUCUUCUACAGAAGUGCUCUUCAGACAGGCCACGGAGCUGGUACGCAUGAACCAGUGCCUGCUCAACUGCCUCGGAGUGGGCCACACCAGCCUGGACCAGGUGGCGGCGCUGGCUGCCAGCCAAGGUUUCUCGGCCAAGCUGACCGGUGCCGGAGGCGGCGGCUGUGCCCUGCUCGUCUACCACGUCGGGUCGGGGGACACGGGUGCCCCUGCCGUGCAGGACCUGCUUGCCGCGGAAGGUUUCCAGUGCUGGCGGGUAGAGCUGGGUUGCCCGGGAGUCACCCUGCACUGAUCCACCUCUCGACGCAGCUAGACUUUCUGUCCCCAUGAGAUUGGCUGAACUUCGCCUGCACAUGCUUCCAGUUUGUACACCUGGCAGUUGUGGGCAGAAGCGACUCAAGGAGCAUCUACAUUGUAGCGCCGCUUAGUCGAGGCAGCUAGGUCGGAGGCAUCGGGUAGAACAGCGCUUCCGACUAACUGCAAGUUUCCGCAUUCGCGCGGCGGUUGGCAGCCGGAGAGAUCGGCCACGUAAGAUGGCUGCCUCUACAGUUUGGCCUUGCAAUGCCUCCUUUCCUGCUCUCUUUUACAAGGUGACCGAAUGGAGGUACAAAUCGAAAAUACGGGUUGCCGUACCGUGGUCACAAAAUGUGCUCCUUACAGAUCUGAAUGCUGCCUCUUGAUGGUGGUUGUCACAUGAACAGCCUUGUAGUUGUAGGGGGUGUUUCAGUCUGCACUUCAAAUCGUGCAUUUGUAUAAUUCAAGUUCGCGGAAGCCAGGCAAAAAAUAUGAGCAGUCCCGAGUUCAGUCACAGCGAUAGCUGCGACACGUUACGGCGGAGUCGCUGGACAUCGGUGUCGCACUCGUGCACCGUGGGAUCUUGACGGCGAAUUCUCUUUGCCGCGUUCACACGAGCAUACACCUCACUGUUCUCUCCGCGAUGAACAGCAAGGCGUGUCAGCGCCGCCGCGAGCACGUCACAACAAGUGCGACCGUAGCAUAUGGCGACGCCAAGACGAAAGCGUCUGCUGCUUUGCCCCAUACUCUCGCCAAGCUUUGGCGCGUUUGCCACUUGGGGUGGCUAAGGGUCCUCUAACAACAAUAGCAAGUUUUAGGGAACCGUUUUUGCACAUCUGAUGCGGUACGAUGGGCCUUCCGGUACGAACUGCGCACGUGUUGCCACAGAAGACUCGCACAUCCGCAGCGCGCACCGGAUGUACAAAAACGGUUCCCUAAAACUCUCUAAUGUGAUGUGUGGGUCUCGUCUUCUAGGUAGCAUUAAAUAGACAGAUAUGACCGAACCCUUUUAAUCGGGGAACGGAUUGCGCCACCUAGCCGUAGUUAUUAAUUUCGGCAAUCAACUUUGAUUAAAUUGAGAAUUACAAAGAAUUUUCUAACGCGAUGCCACGGCAACAGUGGCCACCGCAUGAGACUCUCGCACACGUGUGUGCUCCACAAAUGUUGUACAUAAAGCGCGUCGUCAAAGGUGCGGCGUAGCCCUGUGGUAAAGCGCCCGCUUCACACGCAGCGGACUUCAAAUUAAAUCCCGAGGGCACUGCGGCGGCGGGCAAUCUUUUUCGUGCGCUUGUGUUAUUUUCUCUAGCAAUGUUCCUGGAGCACCCCCGGGUCGGGCGCCGAGGGUUUUGGAAGGAAGUAACUGAAUGCAGCCACAAACCCCAAUUAGCAUUAUUCCCAUCUACGUGUAUUCAAUGUGAGCUUUGCAAGUUUGCUUUUUAUGCAGUUUUUUAUGGUUCACUGAACCUCCAAGAACCGCCACAAAAGCGAGAUUUCCAUUCCUCUUUGGGAAUCAGAUUUUGUUCACUCGCUGACGAUCAUUUGGACCAUUCUGCAACCAUUCAGAAAUGACCGUCGGAAGUUUGCUGCAACACAGGCAGCCAGUUUAGGAUUUGUCCUGGCAAGCUGACCCUGCCUCAGUGUCUGGCAAUCCCUCACAAUCUCGCCACAUUUUACGGGUAGUUGUACGUGUGUCAUCAGUUAGAAGGGUCACAAAGAGCGCGAUACUACCUCCAACAUACCAUUCUGGGUCUCGAGUCUCUGUGUAUUUACAUCACAAUAUCAAAACAAAGUAGCCAAUAAAAUGUAACCAAUGGCUGGAAUUAAAUGUCUGUUUGCAUACCAUGCAGAUAGCAAGUCGUCUGCUUCUUGCACAGGGGUUGCGGUGACGUCAGGACGCCACCUGUGGGUAGACCUUAGUGCUACAUGCCUUCAGGUCUACCCACUAUUUUUUUUUUUUUCAAUCAGCCAAUAAGAGCUUGGCGUUCUGACAUCAUCGGCAACCCCUGUGCAAGAAGCAGACAAACUUGCGCUUUUCAUUCAGCUAAAUAUGACAAGGUACUGCUACAUUACAAGUACUUCCCAUUGGUUUUUGCAUUGUGAGAAACAUUUUUCGCUAAAGGCCCGUUCACACUCUUGCAACCGAGUAUGACCGAGAGAGACGAGAUCUGUUGAAACUUCUUAAA